UAUUGCCUGCCUCCGCCAGCCGUUCCGUGACGUCGCCCCAGGCGCGUCAGGUGGGGCACUUGGCCCAGGUUUUCGGCAGUCCCACCUCCGGCUUCCGCAGAUCCGUCCACAGCGCGUUCCCUGCCCUGGCCCGGCGUUAAAACUCUGGAAAUUGAUUUCUUGACAGGGGAUAGAGAAACUGGGAAAAGCUUGUGGAGGAAAAUUGCGCAGGGGUGCCGAUCUCCUGGAGACUGCACCCAUCCUGGGGAGAAGAGCCCAAAAAGAGAACAUGGCUCCUGAGCAAAGGGAAUCAAGGUCUCAGGUAUCGGUAACAUUUGAGGAUGUGGCUGUGCUCUUUACUCGGGAUGAGUGGAGAAAGCUGGAUCCUUCCCAGAGAAGCUUGUACCGGGAGGUGAUGCUGGAGAACUAUAGUAACCUGGCCUCACUGGGACCCCCAUUCACCAAACCAAAGGUGAUCUCCCUGUUGCAACAAGGAGAAGAUCCCUGGAAGGUAGAGAAAGAAAGUCCCGGAGACUCUUCUCUCGGAUAUAAGAGCAGUCUUCAAACCACAAAGUCAACUCAAACUAAAGACUUCACAUUUCAAGGGCUGAGGAGGAAAAGACUAAAAAGGGAUGAACUCUGGGACGUUAUAUCAGAAAAACCCUGUAUAUCUGAAAACAGGUUAAAAAGACAGCAAGACAAAAAUGAAAGCUUAAAAAUAUUUUCAGUUACCCAUAAGAAAAUUCUUACUAUAGACAAAAGCCAUAAAAAUUUUGAAUUUGGCCAAAAUGUCAGCCUAAAAUCAGUCAUAUUUAAGAAACAAAGGAUUUCUAGAGAAAGAACACCCUUAACGUAUGAAAUACAAAGAAAUAAUUUCAAACAGAAUGCAAAUUUACUUAACCAACCAAAAAUCAAGACAGCAGAGAAACGCUAUAAAUGUAAUAGAUGUGAAAAAGCUUUCAUUCACAAUUCAUCCCUUCGUAAACAUCUGAAAAAUCACACUGGAGAGAAAUUAUUUAAAUGUAAAGAAUGUUUGAAAGCUUUCAGCCAAAGUUCUGGUCUUAUUCAACAUCAAAGAACUCAUACUGGCGAGAAACCCUACAUAUGUAAAGAAUGUGGGAAAGCCUUUAGCCAUAGUGCAUCUCUUUGUAAGCACUUAAGAACCCAUACUGUGGAGAAAUCCUAUAGAUGUAAAGAAUGUGGUAAAUCCUUUAGCAGAAGAUCUGGCCUUUUUAUGCAUCAAAAAAUUCAUGCUCGAGAAAAUCCCAAUAGAUAUAAUCCAGGUAGGAAGCCAUCCACAUCUCUUCCAGGGUGUCAGAGAAUUCAUUCCAGAAAGAAGUCCUAUUUGUGUAAUGAAUGUGGCAACACCUUUAAGUCUAGUUCAUCUCUUCGUUAUCAUCAGAGAAUUCACACCGGAGAGAAACCUUUCAAAUGUGGUGAAUGUGGGAGAGCCUUCAGUCAGAGUGCAUCACUUAUUCAACAUGAACGAAUUCACACUGGAGAAAAGCCCUAUAGAUGUAAUCAGUGUGGAAAAGGUUUCACUUCUAUUUCACGACUCAAUAGACAUCGAAUAAUUCAUACUGGAGAGAAAUUAUAUAAUUGUAAUGAAUGUGGCAAGGCCUUAAGUUCCCAUUCAACACUUAUCAUUCAUGAAAGAAUUCACACUGGAGAGAAACCUUGUAAAUGUAAAGUGUGUGGGAAAGCCUUCAGGCAGAGUUCAGCUCUCAUUCAGCAUCAGAGAAUGCACACUGGAGAAAGACCCUACAAAUGCAGUGAGUGUGGGAAAACAUUCAGGUGUAACUCAUCCCUUAGUAAUCAUCAGAGAAUCCAUACUGGAGAGAAACCCUAUCAAUGUGGGGAAUGUGGGAUGUCAUUUGGCCAAAGUGCAGCUCUUAUUCAACAUCAGAGGAUUCAUACAGGAGAAAAACCCUUUAAAUGUAACACAUGUGGGAAAACUUUUAGACAAAGCUCCUCACUUAUUGCACAUCAAAGAAUUCAUACUGGAGAGAAACCUUAUGAGUGUAAUGCAUGUGGGAAACUCUUUAGCCAGAGGUCAUCCCUUACAAAUCAUUUUAAAAUUCAUAUAGAAGAGGGCUCCUUGAAAGCAGAUUUGCAUGUUUAAAAGCCUUAAACCAAAGCUUAUCAGAGAUUAUGUACUUAAGAUUGAUUUAUUGAACAUUAGGAAUAUCAAGAAACUAUUUUGAUAGAGUCUUCAUUAGAUAUAAAUUCCAAGGAUUAAACUUUGGCCAUGUAAUCAUAUGAGAAAAAUUUUCAUACCUGUCAUUCGCUUUUUCUUUUUCUUUUUCUUUUUUUUUUUUUUUUUUUUAGCCAUACUGGGGAUUGAACCAAGGGUUGCUCUACUAUUUUUUGAGAAGGUUUCACUAUGUUGCCCAGUCUAGUUUUGAAUUUGGCAGUCAUUCUGCCUCAGCCUCCCAAGUUGCUGGAAUUACAAAUGUACACCACUGAGCCAUUUGUCAUUUACUCUUUAAAAUGUCCUGCAUAGACACUUCACAGUUGCUGACAUGAUAGUAGCCAUUUGUAAGAUAAAAGAUGGGCUUUUUUUAACCCUGUCUUUUUCAGCAUUAUACAGUGUGCAACAUGUAAAUAUGGGGGGAAAACAUCUGGGUUCAGGGGUGCUGAAUUUCUCACUAGAAAAGCAACUGUAUAAACUACUAGCAUAUUUAUUACAACUAACACUUUUAUAAUAAAGGAAAGAAUUGAUCUUAAAAA